CGAAAUACUGUAUUGGUCAUAGACCUCGUAUCGGGCGAUGCUUUGAGCAACUGCCGUUCUCAUUCCGGAACCCCAAACCCAACGGGAGAGACGUUCUCAUUCCGCCAUUCCUACUGGCGCCUUCAAAUGGCAGGACCGCAUCCAAGCAUUAAACAAUCUGUUCAAAUAUACAAGUGCUGACAAACAAGACCCACAACAAUUCCCCUGAAGACUAUUCGUCGCAGGCACAACCGAGCGAACCGCGGCAACACUGUCCCUGGCCCCGACUCAGCCUACUUGUUCUCAAUUAGCUAGUGUCUGCGGAUAGAUUAGCAGGAUGGCGCUUGGUCUUCUUGCCGAGCUGCGCGCGGGUCAGGCCGUGGCAUGUGCUCGCCGCACCAAUGCCCCUGCUCACCCUGCGGCAGUGGUGCCCUGCCUGCCUAGCCGUGCGGGCAAGUUCUUCAAUCUAAGUCAGAAGGUCCCUUCGUCGCAGUCUGCGCGCGGCUCGACCAUUCGUGUGGCAGCGACCGCAACUGAUGCUGUUCCGCACUGGAAGCUCGCGCUCGAGGAGCUUGACAAGCCCAAGGAUGGCGGCCGCAAGGUCUUGAUCGCGCAAGUGGCCCCGGCCGUCCGCGUUGCCAUUGCUGAGUCAUUCGGCCUGGCCCCGGGUGCCGUGUCGCCGGGCAAACUAGCCACCGGCUUGCGUGCCCUCGGCUUCGACCAGGUGUUUGACACGCUGUUCGCGGCCGACCUGACCAUCAUGGAGGAGGGCACGGAGCUGCUGCACCGCCUCAAGGAGCACCUGGAGGCCCACCCGCACUCCGAUGAGCCGCUGCCCAUGUUCACCAGCUGCUGCCCCGGCUGGGUCGCCAUGAUGGAGAAGUCCUACCCUGAGCUCAUUCCCUUCGUCAGCUCCUGCAAGAGUCCCCAGAUGAUGAUGGGCGCCAUGGUGAAGACCUACCUGUCCGAGAAGCAGGGCAUCCCCGCCAAGGACAUCGUCAUGGUCUCCGUCAUGCCUUGCGUGCGCAAGCAGGGCGAGGCUGACCGCGAGUGGUUCUGUGUGAGCGAGCCGGGCGUGCGCGACGUGGACCACGUAAUCACCACCGCCGAGCUGGGCAACAUCUUCAAGGAGCGUGGCAUCAACCUGCCCGAGCUGCCCGACAGUGACUGGGACCAGCCGCUGGGCCUGGGCUCCGGCGCCGGCGUACUGUUCGGCACCACCGGCGGCGUCAUGGAGGCGGCGCUGCGCACGGCCUACGAGAUAGUGACCAAGGAGCCCCUGCCGCGCCUCAACCUGAGCGAGGUGCGCGGCUUGGACGGCAUCAAGGAGGCGUCCGUGACGCUGGUCCCCGCUCCGGGCUCCAAGUUCGCCGAGCUGGUGGCGGAGCGCCUGGCGCACAAGGUCGAGGAGGCGGCCGCGGCUGAGGCGGCGGCGGCGGUGGAGGGCGCCGUGAAGCCGCCCAUCGCGUACGACGGCGGCCAGGGUUUCUCCACGGAUGACGGCAAGGGCGGCCUGAAGCUGCGGGUGGCGGUGGCGAACGGCCUGGGCAACGCCAAGAAGCUGAUCGGCAAGAUGGUAUCUGGCGAGGCCAAGUACGACUUCGUAGAAAUCAUGGCCUGCCCUGCCGGCUGCGUGGGCGGCGGCGGCCAGCCCCGCUCCACCGACAAGCAGAUCACCCAGAAGCGGCAGGCGGCUCUGUACGACCUGGACGAGCGCAACACGCUGCGCCGCAGCCACGAAAACGAGGCGGUCAACCAGCUGUACAAGGAGUUCCUGGGCGAGCCCCUGUCCCACCGCGCCCACGAGCUGCUGCACACCCACUACGUGCCAGGCGGCGCCGAGGCCGAUGCUUAGGGCACAGCUCUUGCGUGGUAUGUGUAAACUUAUGCGUCCGAGUGAGCCUUGGACUUGGAGCUGCGGAAGCCGACUGCCGAGGCGGGGAGCGCCCGUGCGGAGCAUAUGCGAUGUAUGGUGGUAGUGGGAGGCGGCUGUGGGGAUCACUAUGACACGGACACUUCGAAUAAGGUUGCGCAGCUAGCGCUAAGGGGUGGUGCGCCCUGGUUCAAUACACAUACAUCCCCACGCGGCAGGUAGGGGCAUGUUAUAAGUGAGAUCAUCAUGUUUUGCUCGGAGUUCAGAUACUUAAGGACUGAAAGGUUGGAUUAUUGCUUUGAACGGAACAGGAGGUCGGGUGGAUUACAAUUGUCCUGGAACGGUGCGGAUUUAGCAUCUUGACGUACACAGAAUGUUACAUCUAGUGGACACGCGCGGCACUGAGCGCAUACAUCAUGCGCAUGUGCGCCUUCGCCUGCACGCACGUACGUAACCGACGGCGGUAUUCGUCGCGAAGUGUGUGUGUCAUUAGGUUUGUGUUUGUCGUGAUGUGGUGGUGGCAAAACUGGGACUCAUGUACGGUACGGUAUGGGCUGUGCCACCGUACAUGUGGCGAUGUGAUUGUGAGUCUCCUGCUGUCUCACGCGCAGGGGGAGGUGCAACCACCCGUUGUGCGAGCCCUCUUUAUAUAAUAAGCUAAGCGUCCUUUCAAAGCUGAGUUUUCGAAUGGUGUGGCGCCAGGCCGCCAGCUGUUUUUGGUGUGAGGUAGGUACGGGCCCAUGGGCUUUGACAGUGCCUGGAAGUGCUCACGCGCGUGUGUGACCAGUUGACCACCGGCAGGCGCAACAUGGCGCACAGACAGUGUCCUAUGACCUGUAACACUGCCCUGCC